CUAAAUGAAGCCAAGAAGAGCUUUCCUGUAACUCUUCACCUUUCUGGGAAACGUAUUGGAUUACACAGUAAAGACGAAAUAGCAGGGAACAUUUUUGCAACGCUCUAGGUCAAGUCAUUGCUGCCACAAAUCAUAUGCUGGUGGACUAACUUUGUGUGAGGAGGAGCUGCUCAUGUUUCUAGGAAGGUUCACACAAUCCUGACAUCGGGCCCUGGUCCUACGCAGUCGACCAAUCUGCAGCCGACAGCUAAAACAGUUUUCACUCAAACAGACACAGCGUCACUAAUGGAGGCAGAACUAGUCCGUUGAGUGUUAAUGUCUUUACACUGGAGUCACAGCUUGAUGAGGGACACUGGUCAUUGAUUCAGCCUGUGCCAUGGAUCAUGUGCUCUACACCGCUGACCACUACGUCCUCACUCCGUACGUGUACCCGGCCUCGUGGCCCGAGGAUGAAGCUCUGCGUCAGAUAAUCAGCCUGUGGGUGGUGACAACGAUGGGAGCAGAGCUGCUUUACCUGGGCUUUGCUGCUCUUAACUUCUACGCUGUGUUCGACCACAAGCUCAUGAAACAUCCACAGUUUAUCAAGAACCAGGUGAGACAAGAAAUCCAGCUGGGAGUGACCUCCAUCUUCUGGAUGAGCUUCCCCACCGUCGCUCUUUUCUUCUGGGAGAUCAAGGGACACAGCAAACUUUACGACCACAUCAGCGAAUCGUCCCUGGGCUGGGCUGGAGUGAUCCUGAGCAUUGCUGGUUUCUUGUUCUUCACCGACAUGUGUAUCUACUGGAUCCAUCGCUGGAUGCAUCAUAAGCUCAUUUACAAGUACUUACACAAGCAACACCACAUAUUCAAGAUCCCCACGCCAUUUGCCAGCCACGCCUUCCACCCACUGGACGGCUUCCUGCAAAGCUUACCCUACCAUGUCUACCCCUUCAUCUUCCCCCUGCACAAGGUGGUGUAUCUCUCACUCUUUGUCUUCGUCAACUUUUGGACCAUCUCCAUACACGACGGAGAUUACCGCAUCCCCGGCCCUCUGAUAUGUCUGAUUAACGGUGCUGCCCACCACGUGGACCAUCACCUCCACUUCAUCUACAACUAUGGACAGUACUUCACGCUCUGGGAUCGUCUGGGUGGGUCCUACCGACACCCCUCGGCCCUGCUGGGUGAUGGCUCCCAUGACCACGUACGCAAGCUCAUGGCAGAGGCUGCAAAGACAAAGUGAUGGUGGAAGCCGCGGUCUGGAUAUUUCUGUUUGUCAUUUGCACAUCUCCGGGAGAUUUUCAGUGUGAAACUGAUGCUUCAGUUACAUCCACAGACAUCUGGAGCAUACAUUCAAAAUACAAAGUAAACAGGAGGCAAUAUGUGAUUUUCAAACGGACUUUAGCAUGUUAUGACAUUUUCCUUCACGAGACAACAAGGCGAGGGAAGCUUUCACAAUGACUUGAAAGUAAAGGACAGUUGAGUCAUUUACUUUGUAGAACUUUUGGCUUGUUGCAAUGAAGUCUCUGAAGUUGAGAGGAUUUGGAGAUUUCUGUUGAAACGUCCACAGCUUUUCAGAAGUCUCUCAGUUCCCCGUGCUCGGUGUGUUCUCGUGGAGG